CUUGAGAAGAAGGGCUGUGGAGCGGCUGCACCAGUCUCUGACAGGAUCCCCUUCGGAUUUGUGAGGGGAGCUCCGCUUCUUCCUUCUCCGUCCUCGCUGUUGAGGCCUUCUCAGUCCUCUUCAAGGCUGCUUCUUUGGAACCUCAGUCCAUAUUUGGUUUCUUCAAACAUUUGUUCAGUGAGAGAUUUUAAAAUGUCAUCCAAACAAGAAAUAAUGAGUGACCAGCGGUUUAAACGAGUUUCAAAGGAUCCCAGAUUUUGGGAAAUGCCAGAAAAGGAUCGAAAAGUCAAAAUUGACAAGAGAUUUCGAGCCAUGUUUCAUGACAAAAAGUUUAAAUUGAACUAUGCUGUUGAUAAAAGAGGCCGCCCCAUCAACCAUAGUACUACAGAGGACUUGAAACGUUUCUAUGACCUUUCAGAUUCUGAUUCCGACCUCUCUGAUGAAGAUAACAAAGCACUGAACCAAAAGAAAAUGAAGAAAAAAACCCAGACCAAAAAUGAAAUAAAGUCCAAAAAUUUGACUGAGAAGAAAAAAAAAGAAACUGAAAAAGUUAGUCAAAAGGAUUCUGAAAAUAAAAAUGAUGUAGAUAAUUCUGAAAGAAUUCAGCAAAAGAAAAACAUAUGUAGAUUUAAGAAGAUAGAUUUAGAAAUAAGUCCCAAAAAAGAUAGUGAAGAAUUUACACAUAAAAGUACACAAGUGAAAAAAAACAUUGAAUGUAGUGCAGACUCUUUUCCCAAAGGAAAACUAAGGACAGUAGGCUCAAGCACCUCUGAAAUUGGGAAAUCUACCAAAAUCAUUUGUUCGRAGACAAAAAGAGAAAAACAAUCAGUUCCAUUCAUAGUGGCAAGUGACAAUGAUGGUAAAAUGUUUGACAAAGACACUCUGGAGGAAGAUUCAGACAGUGUUAGUGAAAUAGGAAGUGAUGAGGAAUCUGAAGAUGAAAUCACAGGUGGUGGUGGCUCUUCAGCUGAUGAUGAUGAAAAUGAAGAUGAUCAAAAGGAAGAUGAAGAUAGUGAAGAGGAUACCGAAAGUGACAGUGGCCCUGAUCUUGCAAGGGGUAAAGGAAAUGUAGAAACUAGUUCUGAAGAUGAUGAUGAUUUGGCAGAUUUAUUUCCAGAAGAGCCUGGUUUUGAGCAUGCUUGGAGAGAAUUAGAUAAAGAUGCUCCUCGGGCUGAUGAGAUCACACAUCGGUUAGCGGUUUGCAACAUGGACUGGGAUAGAUUAAAGGCAAAAGAUUUGCUGGCUCUGUUUAAUUCUUUUAAACCUAAAGGAGGUGUUAUAUUUUCUGUAAAGAUAUAUCCUUCAGAGUUUGGAAAAGAAAGGAUGAAAGAAGAACAAGUUCAAGGACCAGUAGAGUUACUAAGUAUUCCUGAAGAUGCCCCUGAAAAAGACUGGACCUCUAGAGAAAAAUUAAGGGAUUAUCAGUUCAAACGACUGAAGUACUAUUAUGCAGUAGUAGAUUGUGAUUCUCCUGAAACUGCAAGUAAAAUUUAUGAGGAUUGUGAUGGCCUGGAAUUUGAAAGUAGCUGUUCUUUCAUAGAUCUAAGGUUUAUACCAGAUGAUAUUACUUUUGAUGAUGAGCCCAAGGAUGUAGCCUCAGAAGUGGAUUUAACAGCAUAUAAACCAAAGUAUUUCACAUCUGCUGCAAUGGGAACAUCAACGGUGGAGAUAACUUGGGAUGAGACUGAUCAUGAAAGGAUCACAACACUCAACAGAAAAUUUAAAAAGGAAGAACUUUUGGACAUGGAUUUUCAAGCCUAUUUAGCUUCCUCUAGUGAAGAUGAGGAUGAGUUAGAGGAGGAGAUACAAGGUGAUGAUGGAGUCAAUGUGGAAGAUGGAAAAACUCAGAAGAAAACUCAGAAGGAUGAUGAAGAACAAAUUGCUAAAUAUAGACAGCUCUUACAAGUUAUUCAAGAAAAAGAAAAGAAAGGCAAAGAAAAUGAUAUGGAAAUGGAGAUUAAGUGGGUUCCAGGCCUUAAAGAAAGUGCAGAAGAAAUGGUCAAAAACAAAUUGGAAGGAAAGGAUAAACUGACCCCUUGGGAACAAUUUUUAGAGAAGAAGAAAGAGAAGAAAAGACUGAAAAAGAAACAGAAGACUCUUGCUGAAGAAACCAGUGAUGAUGAACUUCCCCCUGAUGUUGAUUUGAAUGACCCGUACUUUGCUGAAGAAGUUAAAAGAUUAGGUAUAAAGAAAAAAUCAGUGAAAUCUGCAAAAGAUGGUACAUCUCUGGAGGAAGAAACUGAAAUAGAAAGACAAAAGGCUGAAAUGGCUUUGCUCAUGAUGGAUGAGGAGGAGGACAGCAAGAAACACUUCAAUUAUAACAAGAUUGUGGAGCACCAGAAUCUGAGCAAAAAGAAGAAAAAGCAACUUAUGAAAAAGAAGGAAUUAGUAGAAGAUGACUUUGAGGUAAAUGUUAGUGAUGCACGGUUUCAGGCAAUGUAUACUUCCCACUUGUUCAAUUUGGAUCCUUCAGACCCUAACUUCAAGAAAACAAAAGCUAUGGAAAAAAUUCUUGAGGAGAAAGCCCGGCAAAGAGAACAAAAAGAAGAACUCACUCAGGCUUUAAUAAAGAGAAAAGAGAGUGAGUUUGAAAAGACAUCACAAAAGAAGUCUGUUGAUCCUGCCUUAUCAAUGCUGGUUAAAUCUGUAAAAAACAAAACAGAACAGUUUCAAGCAAGAAAAAAACAAAAAGUCAAAUGAUGAUCUUGUUUCUUUUUGGAUGGAGAUGUAUACAGAAACAGAAUGAAUACUGAGAAACUGCUUUUCAAGAAUAUGAAAACUUUUUCUGACCAUACUAAAAUUUUUCUCUGUACAUAAUUAUUGUACCUAAUUGUGGGUGGCAGAUUUGUACCAGUAUUCCCACAGAUUAAUCUUAAUUAAAUUAAGGAUUUAUAACAAUUUUAUAUUUUAUGAAGUUCAGUUCCUACUAAUAGAAAGUUACUCUAAGUUAGUUUCUUUUUAAAAGACUUUACAAUUCUGUGUAAAAACAAAGUGGUAUCUACUCUUAAGUCCAUGUCACAGGUUAGUGACAAUUUGAAAAUAAGGAUAUGUAAUAAUACAUUUAUUUCUGUGAAAGCAGGAGGCAAAUUUAGAUAGCUACUAAAAUUAUUUAUUUUCUAGCUAUAAAGGAUGGAAGCCAAGAGCUUUGUUGUUUGUCAUGCUUAGUAGUUUGUUUAUGGAAUUAAUUUAUAAAUAAAAGCACAAAAUAUUUUUAUUAUUUUGCAUAGAACUGAUUUGUUUCACUUUAUGUACCUCAAGUAAACUGCUCUCUGGAAAAAAAUAUCUGAAAAUGUGGCUUUAACUCUUUUUAAGAGGACAACUCCAUGAAAAGGCAGUUCCAAGUUUUCAUUGCUCAUAAUUGCUUUUGAAAUGUUCGUGAGGUCUACAGUGGUUUUUCUAUUUGUAGCAGCAGAAAAUUCUUCUGUCUGUCCUUCAGAUUUUUGGAAUGCUUUAUAAGGGUGGAUAUGCUGCUAUAGAGUUUAAGGAAAACUUAAUUUUUAAA